UCUCCUUUCUGACAUUCUCUUUGUGUCAGCUUUGAGAUGUGGACAUAACGCCACGUGUACAUAUAGACAUUAGAUCGUCAAUCUAACGAACAACGACCUUAACGAGUUCGGGUCAAGAUUCCGAAUCCGGUUCUUGUUUGUCUUACCACCUCGCAAAGUUUCAUCAAUGGCAAUGAUCAAUCUUACAUCUCAUUUUCAUUACAUUCUAAUACCAAAUUGUUUCAAUUUAGUGUCACUUUCCUUACUCUAAAUCUUGAUUUCUUCAUAACAUUAAUAGUAAUUCUUGUCUAAUUUCAAUUGUAAGUGAGCUGCUCUAAUUUUAACAAAAACCCAUCAUUCCAUUUGUGUUGUUCUUAUUCAUUGUAAUUAUCAAAUGUCAUAUUGUGGAAAUUUUUGUUGAGGAUCCAUUGAGACAUUUUAGGGAUCAAUUGCAAGUUAAGGGGGGAAAGACAAGGGGUUUUGGAUGCGAUUGAUAGAGAAACGGCGCCAUUAGAUGGCGCUGUUUAGAAGAUUCUUCUAUAGGAAGCCGCCGGAUCGGCUUCUAGAGAUCUCUGAACGGGUCUAUGUGUUUGAUUGUUGCUUCUCAACGGACGCAUUGGACGAAUAUGAGUACAAGUCAUACAUGGGAGGUAUUGUAGCUCAGCUGCAGGACCAUUAUCCGGAUGCUUCUUUCAUGGUUUUCAACUUCAAAGAAGGAGAUCAUAGGAGCCAAAUAUCGGAUAUAUUAACGCAGUAUGAUAUGACUGUCAUGGAUUAUCCUCGAAAAUAUGAGGGUUGUCCUGUAUUGCCACUGGAGAUGAUCAAGCACUUCUUGCGAUCCAGUGAGAGCUGGCUUUCACUCGAGGGCCAACAAAAUGUGUUGUUGAUGCACUGUGAGAGGGGAGGGUGGCCUGUACUUGCUUUCAUGCUUGCUGGCCUUCUUUUGUACAGAGAGCAAUACACGGGUGAGCAGAAGACUCUUGACAUGGUAUAUAGGCAAGCUCCUAGGGAACUUCUUUAUGUUUUAUCACCUUUGAAUCCACAGCCAUCUCAGCUUAGAUAUCUUCACUAUAUCACCAGAAGAAAUAUUGGCUUAGAUUGGCUGCCAUCAGAUAUUCCUUUUGCUUUAGAUUGUAUUAUACUCAGGGUCCUUCCUCUAUUUGAUGGUGGGAGGGGCUGCCGACUGUUGGUUCGUGUCUACGGUCUGGACCCUGCUUCACCGACGUCCAAUAGGAGUUCUAAACUCCUCUUUUCAACUUCAAAGACAAAACAACAUGGUCGCCUCUACCGACAGGAAGAGUGUGCACUGGUGAAAAUAGAUAUCCACUGUCGUGUCCAAGGAGAUGUUGUUCUUGAGUGCAUCCAUUUGGAUGAUGAUCUAGUUAGGGAAGAAAUGAUAUUCCGAGUUAUGUUUCACACGGCAUUUGUUCGCUCAAAUGUUUUAAUGUUAACUCGCGAUGAAAUUGAUGUCCCAUGGGAUGCAAAAGACCAAUUUUCUAGGGAGUUCAAAGCAGAGGUUCUCUUUUCGGAUGCUGAUGCUCUACCAUCUAUUAUCACCACUGAAGCACCAGAUGAAGAUGAUAAUGAGACUGAAGGUACUUCACCAGACGAGUUCUUUGAGGUGGAAGAGAUAUUCAGCAAUGCUGUUGAUGGACAGGAUGGAAGAGGGGAAUCUGAUGCCCAUUCAGUUCAAGACAGUAUGCAGGAUGAUGACAGCAUUGAAGUAUGGAAAGAAGAGGUGGAGCAUCAUGCCUUUCAAGAUGAUGCUUUUGUUGAAGUUAAUCGCAAACUAGACGGAAAUAUGGAUUCUACUCAACAAGCAUCAAAAACAAAUGAUUUAGGGGAUAAGGACGACUUGAUAAACUCCAAGGCUGUGAUUUCUGAUGCUUCUAGUCACAAGGACUCAGAACCAGAAACACCGGGGGCAAGUGUCAUGUCAGAAGAAGGGGGGAAUAAGCAAGAUAUAGAAGGCACCUUUAGACAGGAGAGGCAGGGUUCAAAGUUGACUGCUGAUAUCAAUAACGGAAAGAAUGAAAAGGCACCUUCAUCUCUAAAAAAACAGCUAGCAUCCAACUCCAAACUUGCUGCUGAUGGGAUUGGACCUAAAAAUAAAUCUAAACAGAAAGAAUCCCUGGGCACUCUGUCGCGACUAGCAAAGCCAAAUGCAGUGUCUCGGUGGAUCCCUUCUAAUAAAGGUUCUUACACUAAUUCAAUGCAUGUGGCAUAUCCACCAUCAAGGUAUAAGAGUGCUCCACCUGCGCUUGCUGUUACCAGGGAUUUCCAAUCUGGGUUAAAAUCAAAAUCGCCAUCUCCUCGAGCUUCUUCAGAAGCUAAAAUUCUAGCUGGAGCAAGUCGUAUUCCAAAGAAACGCUCUUCAUGUCCUGCAUCAUUAGAUAUAUCAGCAGUUAAGGAGGGACCUGUUGCAAUGACCUCUUCAUCAGAAUCAGUUGAAAGCCAGGCACUUGACCUUCAGGCAUCCCCUACAAGUCCCCGACCAUCUUCACUGCCUUCAUUUCAAUAUCCAAGCACUUUAUCACUUGAAUUGCCUCCUAUUCAGGAAGCAAGUACUAGCAUGCCAGCUUCUGUGACGCCACCUGUGUCUUCGCCGGAAAGCCAUAUUAUAACAGCUUCUUUGACCCACCAUUCCUUCCCUCCCCCACCUCCACCCCCACCUCCACCUUCUCAAUUCCUAUCACUUAGUCAUAAUGUCAAAUCCUUAUCACCACCAUCACCUCCACCUCCGCCUUCCCCUCCCCCUCUUCCUCCACCAUCAAAUGGCUUGAGAGUGACUCAUAUGGGUAGCUCUCAUAGUCAUAAUGUCAAAUCAAUUUCACCACCGCCUCCACCUCCGCCUUCCUCUCCAUCAUUAAAUGGCUUGAGAAUGACUCAUAUGGGUAAUUCUUCUCCUCCUCCCCCUCCUCCCCCACCUUUACCCCCCGAAUCAUCUACUGUACUGAGAGUUGGUAGGGUAUUAUCACCAAACCCCUCACCCACUUCUUCGCCAAAUGUCGCUUGUGCAACUUCCUCCUUGGUAACAUUAAGUUCAUUGCUACCUCCACCUCCACCUCCACCUCCACCUCCACCUCUACCUCCACCUCUAUAUGCACCCACUGCACCAAAAUUACGUAGCUUUGGUAUGUCCAUUCUACCGCCAUCACCUCCUCCCCCUCCCCCUAUACUUGUAAUUCAUGGUGCCCUCCACCCACCUCCACCAUUUUCAGUUGUGCCUGGAGUUACUGCUUUACCAACAAUGAGUGCGUCACCACCACCACCUCCUCCUCCUCCUCCUCCUCCUCUACUUGGUGCUUCAGCUUCACCUCCUCCACCACCUCCUAUGCACGUUUCUCCUCCUUCACCACCUUCACAGGAUGAUCCACUUCAAUCAACCUCAACUCCUUCACGAAAUGCACCUCCCCCACCUCCACCUCCACCUCCCCUACCUUCAACUCCACUAAGAAAUGUUUUGGCCCCAAUUCCACCUCCAUCUCCACCUCCACCUCCAGCUCCUCCUCCCCCACCUAUACCAAGAAAUUCUCCAACAUCAAUUCUACCUCCACCUCCACCACCCCUACCUCCUUCGAGAAAUGCUCUAGCACCGACUCCCCCUCCCCUUUCGCACUGUGCUCCACCUACACCAACUCCAUCUUCAAUUCUUUGUCAUCAUCCUCUUUGCACCCCAUCUUCUUUUGCUGGAGCACCUCCUCCACCUCUUUUGCAAGCUGCAUCUUUACCAUCUCCUUCACUGUUGGCAGUUCCACCUCCUCCUCCUCCUCCUCCAUUACCAGGAGUUCCAGCUCCUCCACUCCCCCCGUAUGGCGGCCCACCAGCUCCUCCACCUCCCCCCUACGGCGGACCACCAGCUCCUCCACCUCCUCCAGCUCCCCCCUACGGCGGCCCUCCAGCUCCUCCACCUCCCCCGUAUGGCGGUCCACCACCUCCUCCUGGUGGAGGCCCUCCAGCUCCUCCACCUCCCCCGUAUGGCGGUCCACCACCUCCUCUUGGUGGAGGCCCUCCAGCUCCUCCACCUCCCUACGGCGGCGGGCCUCCACCGCCACCUCCUCCCCCUGGUGGCGGUCCUCCACCGCCACCUCCACCCCCUGGUGGAGCACCACCUCCUCCACCACCUCCAGGAGGUAAAGCACCGGGUCCACCUCCCCCACCACCUCCUGGAGGUAGAGCACCUGGUCCACCUCCCCCACCUGGAGCUCCAAGACCUCCAGGUGGUGGACCUCCCCCACCGCCAGCAUUUGGCUCUAAAGGUCCUGGGGCAGCUGGUAGAGGACUUCCUGCUGGGAGAGCUCCAGCACUUUCACGGACAAGAUCUAAUUUAAAGCCAUUGCACUGGAGCAAGGUAACCAGGGCGCUACAGGGAAGCCUAUGGGAGGAACUGCAGAGACAUGGAGAGCCUCAAGUUGCUCCAGAGUUUGAUGUGUCAGAAAUUGAGGUUCUUUUCUCUGCUACCCCCAAGUCAAGUAGUUCAAGUAAAUCUGGAGGAAAAAAGAAGUCUGCUGAUUCUAAACCAGACAAGGUUCAUCUGGUUGACCUAAGAAGGGCAAAUAAUACUGAGAUUAUGCUCACAAAGGUGAAAAUGCCACUUCCAGACAUGAUGGCAGCUGCAUUGGCAAUGGAUGAGUCUAUUUUAGAUGCAGAUCAGGUGGAGAAUCUGAUAAAGUUUUGUCCUACGAAAGAUGAGAUGGAUCUUCUUAAGGGUUACACUGGUGACAGGGAGCUUCUGGGAAAGUGUGAACAGUUCUUUUUGGAGUUGAUGAAGGUGCCACGAGUAGAAUCGAAAUUAAGAGUGUUUCUCUUCAAGAUUCAGUUCAAGUCUCAGGUGACAGACUUCAAGAAAAGCUUAAACACUGUGAACUCUGCAUGCGAAGAGGUCCGAAAUUCUUUAAAAUUGAAGGAAAUAUUGAAGAAAAUUUUGUUUCUAGGGAAUACAUUAAAUCAGGGAACUGCCAGAGGUGCUGCCAUUGGAUUUAAGUUGGACAGUCUUUUGAAGCUCACUGAUACCCGUGCUACUAACAACAAGAUGACACUCAUGCAUUAUCUUUGUAAGGUUCUUGCUUCCAAGUCACCAGCACUUUUAGACUUCCAUGAAGGUCUUGUAAGCAUGGAAGCUGCAUCAAAGAUUCAAUUGAAGUCUUUGGCUGAAGAAAUGCAAGCGAUCAUCAAGGGGCUGGAAAAAGUUAAGAAGGAGCUGGAGUCAUCUGAGAAUGACGGCCCCGUGUCUGAAAUCUUUUGCAAGACCUUAAAGGAAUUCAUUGGUGCAUCUGAAGCAGAGGUGGGCUCUCUCAGGGAGUUGUAUUCCGUGGCGGGCAGAAAUGCAGAUGCACUUGCACUAUAUUUCAAUGAGGAUCCUGCGAAAUGUCCGUUUGAACAAGUCACUGCAACCCUCUUAAAUUUUGUGAGGUUGUUCCGCAAAGCCCAUGAAGAGAACUUGAAGCAGGCUGAACAAGAUAAGAAGAAAGUUCAGAAGGAAGCAGAAACGGAGAAUGCAGAAGGAAGUAACUCAAGGAAGAAGGGUGAGAAGUAAAUGGCGAUGAUUCAUGCUUCAGGGAAUUUAGUUAACUGUGUUGACUAAAGACACUGGUCUUAAGUCAAACCAGAAGCCUCCAAUAUUGAUCUAUUGGCUUUGGCUUUCUCUGGGUUCAAGAAAGAACGUCGAACAUUAAAGCUUGUGAACCUGGAAAUGGCAGAAGUGCAUUGCAGAGGGAAACUGAAAAGGACACAUUCUUGUCUGGGCUCUUGGAGUGCUUUGCAGAGAGAAGCUGAAGAAGACACACUGUCGUAGCUCUUGGAUGAUGCAAGCAACCCGUUGGUCCAAAAAACGUAUCACCUGGAUUUUGUUAUUUACGGGUGAUCAUGACUGCCGUCCGUCCUGGAGCGUGUGCUACAUGAUUAAACAGAGAAAUGCAUCUAAAGAAUGCAAAUUUGGGUAUGCAUUUGUUGAACCUACAUGCACGGUGGAAGUCGUCGUUGGUGCAAAUGUAGUUACUGCGGUGUCGGCUUCACCUUGAUGGAGAUUAUGCCCAUGCAAACUGUAAAUUGGAAGUGUAACAUGAGUAGUUUGUACAAAGCUCUACUAACCCCUGUAUUUAGAUUUCUAGCUGAUUCUUUUCAUUGUAACAUAGAAACAGGUUCCUUGUCAUGGGAAUUACACACGGAAAGUUGUACAGAAAGCAUAGAAGAGGGUAGAGAUAGGUAUUUUUAGCAAUAGCAGUGUAACAAAAUGUAGGAUGUAGGAUUAGUUCCCCACCAUUUUUAAAGUCAAAUUUUGGAAAAUAAUAUGAUAUCUUCAUUCAUUGAUUGCAGAAAAGUGAUCUCGGAAUCUUGUUAUUUUU